AUGAUAAUUACAGGUCAAAAUACAACCGUUGCGUCUACAAUCGCGAGAGAUCCAUCUACUACAGUCAUAUCAAAAUCAGUAACCACGUCAUCUGCAACAGAAGCUGGCACAACACUGACUGCACAUGGCGCUAGCACAAAGAAAACAGUCACGGGACAUCCAUCCACUACAGUAACAUCUAUAUCUGAACCAGAGCGUUUUGUGUCUCCUUGUUCUAAGAGUAAUUGCAACCCAGAAACAACGUUUAAUGAAAAUGGUAGAUUUUAUUGGCCAAGCAAAACAGUUGGUGAGCUGGUCCAAAAGAAAUGUCCAAAUGGCGUGGACGGAUCAGUGGCAACUAGAUUAUGCAAUAGCACAGUAAAUGGAUGCGCAGUUUGGGAACGUGUAAAUACCACUCAGUGUAUAAAUAUAACGACAACUCCGUUUACUAAACACCUGGAAACCCUAGUCAACCUACAACUAACUGCACAAAACGCUCCUGAAAUUGCCAAAGAUUUGUUCAACCUAACCUCGGCUGCUGAGUACUUUGCUGCAGUAGAUGUAUAUUUAGCGGUAGAUGUUAUUGACAAUUUACUGAAUGUCAAUGAUGUCAACACUACAAGUAUUGAAGUUGCCACAGAUCUACUGAACAGUGUUGAUAAUCUAUUUAAUGUUGAAUGGGGUGUGUUGGUUACAAGUCAAAAGAAUGGCAUCACUGCAUCGAGGUUGAUCAAAGCUAUUGACAAAUUAGUGAUAAGUAUUGAUUUACAAAAUGAAACAGAAACGAUAGAAAAAGACAACUUUGUGAUAUGUCUAAUGAAUCUAAACACCAGCGUGUAUAAUGGUAUAUCCUUCAGCGAAGUAGAUAAUGAUCAGGUCAAAGUGGGCACUGACAGGAGUUCUUCGUCGCUAAAAGGUAAUAUGAAAUCGUCAAUUCAGCUGCCAUCGUCUUUAUUAGAUGGACACAGUUUUCAAGAUGGAUCGUCCAGAGCACAGUUUAUAUCAUAUAAAUCCAAUAUGCUGUUUACGACUGUAGCUGUAGCAAUGUCUGACGAGACGAUAUCUACGUCAAAUAAUGUAACAUCGUCCCAUGGUGUCAGUAAUGAUACCAUAUAUGGAAUGCUGAAUAGUCCAGUCAUUGGUGCAAGCAUUGGGAGCCUAAUUAUUAGUGACUUAGGGGAGCCUGUUCAAAUCAACCUUACAUGGCAAAAUGAAGAUGUUUAUGGAACCGCAUCUGAAUUUGAUGAAGGUCACCAGAAUGCUUUGUCUAUUGUAUCUUACAUCGGAUGUGGUAUAUCUAUGUUAUGUAUGCUUCUGACUCUAGUAACAUUUCUUGCAUUCAGACGUCUGAGAAAAGACAACCCAGCCAAGAUACUCAUGAAUUUGUGUUUUGCCAUUUUGAUGUCAUUGUUAUUAUUUUUGGCUGUUUCGUUCUCUGUGGAUUUUGCACCAAUCAUACCAGAGCUUUGUACGACCAUGGCUGUGUUGUUACACUAUUUCUUAUUGGCUGUUAUGAUGUGGAUGGCACUAGAAGCAUUCAAUAUGUAUUUAUUAUUGGUGAAAGUAUUCAAUACGUAUAUCAGAUACUUGAUGAUGAAGUUUUGUCUCAUUGGAUGGGGUAUACCCCUGGUUACUGUUGUGAUUACCUUAGCAGUCAAUAUUGACAACUAUGGUUACCAUAACAACAUAUGUUGGUUAUCGAGAUACGCCUUCUUUGCUGCAUUCUUGGCUCCAGUAUGUCUAGUACUCAUCUUCAAUACAGUGAUAUAUAUUCUUGUUGUUCACCAAAUAUGCAGCCUUUAUUCUAAAAAUAUGUCUACAUCAGAUCGAUACGGCAAAGCAGCACAACUUCGUGGAUCUGUCAGUUUAUUUGUACUCCUUGGUAUCACCUGGGCUUUGGCGAUACUGGCAAUCAGUGAGGCUGGUUUAGUCGUCAAUUAUUUGUUUGCAAUUGCCAAUACUCUCCAAGGAUUAUUUAUAUUUAUAUUUUUCUGCGCUUCGAAUACUGAUGUCAAGAAACAGUGGAGGAACUCAUUCUGUUCACCGUGUUCUCGUCGUGGUUCCAAUGCUACAGAGUCUGGUUCAUCAGCUAGGAAAUAUCUUCAUCCAGAUACAGAUAAAUCAGAAUCAUUGCCUCAGAAGCGUUACUAUGACAACAUGGCAUCAAGUGAAUUGUGA